UCUUGCAACAUUAAAAUCUUUCUCGUUAUCGCGGUGUUUAGAGCUUGAAAUUCAUUGGCUUUGUGGGUUUGGCUAGAGAGGGGAGAAGUAAAUAACAAACAGUAAGGGAACACUGAGCCCGAUCUGCAGGUAGUUAGCUUGAAGGCAGGGAGUAGAGACAGAAAGGUCUAACUUAACUCACACAACGACGGAGAGAAUCCACCGGGACUGGGACAGCGAAACACUGGUGUAUUUGGAUGCAAAGUUCUGUCAAUGUUAUUUUUAAUAGGAAAGGGGUUUGAGCACCAUGUCCUGCUCCGGUAACCUUAUUUGGGAUGUAAGGAAGCGCUCCAUCGGGUUUAGCGAACCGAAUGCUGUCAGGAUUAACUACCUAGGGAGAAGAGAAUUUGUCCAAAGACUCAAGCUAGAAGCUACACUCAAUGUGCAUGAUGGCUGUGUAAACACAAUAUGCUGGAAUGACACAGGAGAGUACAUCCUCUCAGGGUCAGAUGACACCAAUCUGGUCAUCACAAACCCUUACAACAGAAAGGUCAAAGCAGCUAUCCGAUCAGGGCACCGAGCAAACAUCUUCAGUGCCAAGUUUAUGCCGUGCACCAACGAUCAACAGAUAGUGUCCUGUUCCGGAGAUGGUAUCAUCUACUACACCAACACAGAAAAGAGCGCGGACAUGAACAGACAGUGCCAGUUCACCUGUCACUAUGGCACAGCCUAUGAGAUUAUGACAGUACCAAAUGACCCUUACACCUUCCUGUCAUGUGGGGAAGAUGGCACAGUGCGGUGGUUUGACGUCCGAAUGAAGACCAGCUGCACAAAGGAAGACUGUAAAGAUGACAUUCUCAUUAAUUGUCGGCGGGCUGCUACCUCAAUAUCAAUCUGCCCCCUGGUCCCCUACUACCUGGCAGUUGGCUGCUCUGAUAGCUCAGUCAGGAUCUAUGACAGGCGAAUGUUGGGUACCAGAGCAACAGGGAACUACAUGGGUCGUGGGACGACGGGAAUGUGCGUGCGCUUCGUCCCGGCGCACCUGGCCAGCAAGUCCUGCCGCGUGACCUCUCUCUGCUACAGCGGCGACGGGCAAGAGAUCCUGGUCAGCUACUCCUCAGACUACAUUUACCUGUUUGACCCCAAAGACGACCAGGCCCGCGAGCUGAAGGGACCGUCCGAGGAGAGGAGGGAGGAGCUGCGGCAGCCCCCUGUGAAGCGUCUGCGGCUGCGAGGGGAUUGGUCCGACACGGGACCCCGCGCGCGGCCGGAGAGCGAGAGGGAGAGGGACGGAGAGCAGAGCCCCAACGUAUCUCUGAUGCAGAGGAUGUCAGACAUGCUGUCGCGCUGGUUUGAGGAGGCGAGCGAGGCUCAGAGCAGCAGGGUCCGUCCGCAGACACGCCCCAGGGGUACAGCUGCUCGACCAGAAGGGGGCGUCUCUGCACCAGAGCCUGCUCCGCAAGACUCUGGGCCCGCUGAGGGUCCCAUGGAAGUGGAAGCUGCUGCUGAGCCCCUCCCUAAAUCGACGUCCACCUCUUCCUCGUCCUCCGGCUCCUCCUCCACAGUGACUGCCCCUCCCCCUUCUACCUCCUCGUCCAUGGAGAGUCCCCCCUCCUCCUCUCUGCUGUCCUCCCCCGACACCGAGCAGAAGAGCCAGGCCACCGCCUCCUCCACGCCCACCCCCACGCCCCCAACGGAGCCCACGCAGUCUGAGCCCGCGCGUCGGGGGGUGCCGGUAAGUGUAGUGUGCAGGCGUUUGCAGAGGCUGCUGCUGCUGGCCGGCCCCCCGGGACGGGACGAGCGAACACGCACCCGCCCCUCCUCUGGGGAGGCCCCCCAGGCAACCCCUCCCUCAGAUUCGCCCUCGUCGGUGGUAAACAAACAGCUCGGAUCCAUGUCUCUGGAUGAGCAGAAGGGAAGCGCAGAGGCUGGGGGAGGGGCUGGCGGCGAGGCUGGGAGCAGUACUGGGACGGGGAGCGGGAGGCCCGGGACAUCAGAACCGGUCCUGAGCCUGCACUACAGCACCGAGGGCACCACUACCAGCACCAUCAAACUGGACUUCACAGACGAGUGGAGCAGCAGCAGCGCGCCCAACUCCAGAGGCUACAGACCAGGUGAGGGAGGGGACAGCCAGCACAAACCUGGGGAGGAACAGGACAGCCAGCACAAACCAGGAGAGGGAGAGGGAGAGGACAGCCAGCACAAACCGGGAGAAGGAGAGGGAGAGGACAGCCAGCACAAACUGGGAGAAGGAGAGGGAGAAGACAGUCAGCACAAACCGGGAGAGGGAGAGGGAGAAGACAGCCGGGAUCUGCAGAGUGGAGGAGAGUCGGCACCUGAGAUCUCAGAACCAGCCCCUGCCUCAUCAGAACAGGCUGAGCAGCCCGAGUCAGAGAAGGCCUCUCCCAGCGCCUCAGGCAAGGACCCAGUCGAAGACUCCGCCCCCAUGGAGGACAGCUCCGCCCCUCAGCCGGCAGAGGAGGAGCCCCAGGGGCCCGCGGCGGAGAACCCCAGCGACUCGUGCCGCCGGAGCGAGCCGGCGGGGGAGGGGGGCCGAGCUCAGGGGUCCCGCGGCAACCAGGAAUCCGACGACAGCGACGACGACCCCAUUCUCAUACCUGCCACAAGGUACCGUGGGGGACAGGGGCAGAGAUUUAAUUUCAGAGGAUCAGCAGUAGGUGAGAGAAUGAUCAGGCGCUCUGCUGCAGCCCGAAUCCAGGAGCUUUUCCGCCGGAGGAAGGAGAGGCGGGAGAUGGAGGAGAGCGAGACCCAGAAUAUCAGGAGGCCCUCUGUCAAAAUGGUCUACAAGGGCCACCGUAACUCCAGGACAAUGAUUAAGGAGUCCUGUUUUUGGGGGAGCAACUUUGUCAUGAGCGGCUCGGACUGCGGCCACAUCUUCAUCUGGGAUCGGCACACGGCUGAGCACCUGAUGCUGCUGGAGGCCGACAACCACGUGGUCAACUGCCUACAGCCGCACCCCUACGACCCCAUUCUUGCCUCUUCUGGAAUAGACUAUGAUAUCAAGAUCUGGUCCCCGCUGGAAGAAACGCCAUCAUUUAACACAGUGCUGGCUGAAGAGGUGAUCACACGCAACGAGCUGAUGCUGGAGGAGACGAGAAACACCAUCACUGUCCCCGCGUCCUUCAUGCUGCGAAUGCUGGCCUCGCUCAAUCACAUCAGAACAGACCGACUGGAAGGUGAUCGCUCAGAAGGGUCCGGACAGGAGAACGAGGACGAGCAGUAGCCAUCCAGCAUUUUUUUUUUUUUUCUUUGAUUUUUUUUUUUGCUACAAAGCACUUGAACAGUUGAGAUUUGUACAAGUAAAAUGUAGAAUAUUUUCCAUAUCUGAGCAGUAGUGCAAUUUUUAGCUUUUUUUUUUUUUUUUUUU